GACACUGUCAUGUUUGUUUUUAUUUUGAUUAUGUGGGCAUGUUAUUCACAAUGAAAUUGUAAUCUUUAUAAAAUAGUACGAAUAAUGACAAAAUGAAUUAAUGAGCAGCAAUGAUAUUGAAAUUCUGUAUAUAUGUGUAUUACACAUUGUUGCUUACGUCUGUACAGACUACAAUUUACGAUAACUUAAAAUACUUCGAAUACAUACACGCCGAUCAGUUGACUCAUAAAGUUGUAAAACGGGGCGCUGAACAGAGCAGUCACCCCUUUAACAAAAUUAAGGAAGUCCACAUCAAUACUCAUGGUAAAAAUUUCCGAUUAAUAUUGUCACCAAAGAGAGAUAUAUUGCACUCAAAGUUUAAAGCUUAUUCUGUAAAUGGAGAUGGCGAAGAAACCAAUGUCCACAUAGACCAUGAUGACUUUUAUCAUGGACGUGUUUUUGGGGAAACUUCUUCAUAUGUUAAUUUGCACAUGGAAGAUGGUGUUGUAACUGGAAAUAUAUAUUUGCCAAACGAAAUUUACCAUAUAGAGCCUUCUUGGCGACAUAUCACAGAUUUUGAUAACAGAACAAUGAUAACCUAUAAACAGUCAGAUAUUAAAUUUAGUUGGGAUGCAGAAAAUGACCAUAGGGUUCCGAAAAUGUGUGCUUAUGUUAAAGAGGGUCAGGAAUUAGAUGAAAGUGAAGAAGAACAUCAUUUGCAAAAGAGGCAAAUUGAUCAGUAUGAAUACACAUUCACGAAAACAAGAUGUCCUUUGUUGUUAGUUGCCGAUUAUAGGUUUUUUCAGGAAAUGGGUGGAAGCAAUACCAAAACUACAAUAAAUUAUUUGAUAAGCUUAAUUGAUAGGGUGCACAAAAUUUAUAAUGACACUAUUUGGCAAGAUAGACAAGAAGUGGAUGGUUUUAAGGGAAUGGGGUUUGUUAUUAAAAAAAUUGUUGUACACAAUGAGCCAACAAGAAUUAAAUCUGGGGAAGCUCACUACAAUAUGAUCAGGGAAAAAUGGGACGUCAGAAAUUUGUUAGAGGAAUUUUCUAGAGCACCCCAAGAUGUCAAUUACUGCUUGGCCCAUCUUUUCACCCACCAAACUUUUAAAACCAGAAAUUCCGUAAUUCUAGGAUUGGCUUAUAUUGCCUCACCACGAAGGAAUUCAGUUGGAGGUAUCUGCACUCCAGAAUAUUUUAAAAACGGAUAUACGUUGUACUUAAAUUCCGGUUUAAGCUCUAGUCGUAAUCACUACGGUCAAAGGGUGAUUACGCGUGAAGCGGACUUAGUUACUGCCCAUGAAUUUGGUCAUAAUUGGGGUUCAGAACACGAUCCAGAUAUACCAGAAUGUUCCCCUAGUGCUAGUCAAGGAGGUUCUUACCUAAUGUACACUUACAGUGUUAGUGGUUAUGAUGUUAACAAUAAGAAAUUUUCCCCAUGCAGUCUGAGGUCUAUCAGAAAAGUACUCCAAGCUAAAUCGGAUAGGUGCUUCUCUGAACCGGAAGAAAGUUUUUGCGGCAAUUUGCGUGUAGAAGGUGAUGAAGAAUGCGACGCGGGUUUACUAGGUACGGAAGAUAAUGACGCGUGUUGCGAUAAAGACUGCAAGCUGAGACCAAAAGCGAUGUGCAGCGAUAAAAACUCACCGUGCUGUCAAAAUUGCCAGUACAUGCGCAGCGGCGUAAAAUGUAGAGAAGCUCAGUACGCCACUUGCGAGGAGGAAUCUAGAUGUACCGGGCAUUCGUCCGAGUGCCCUAAAAGUCCGCCUAUGGCCGAUAGUACCGAUUGCCAAGAGAGAGGAAAGUGCAAAGGGGGAAAAUGCAUACCGUUCUGCGAGACUCAGGGCAUGCAGAGUUGCAUGUGCGACAUAAUCGAGAAUGCGUGCAAAAGAUGUUGCAGAUCCAGUAUUAACGAAACAUGUUCUCCGGUCGAUUCUGCCGACAUUUUAGCAGACGGCACGCCUUGCAUUCAAGGAUUUUGUAAUAAUGGUCAUUGCGAGAAAACUGUUCAAGAUGUCGUUGAACGGUUCUGGGAUAUAAUCGAAGACAUCAACAUCAAUAAAGUAUUGUUGUUUUUGAAGGAUAAUAUCGUGGGUACUGUUGUAUUGAUAACAGCUCUAUUGUGGAUACCCGCAGGGUGUAUAAUUAGUUUCUUCGAUCGGAGGAAACGUAGGAAGGAAUGGGAUAGGAUCGAUUGGAAGAACAGUGGAGACUUGAUCAACAGUUCAGAUAACAUUCGAAGGGUGAUUCCAUUGACAGUUUCGACCAGUCAACCUUCUCUUUGAACACGCCAUUCCAGUAUAAACUACUGUGUGAUAAAAAUACUUAAUAGUUACCGUUUAGUGUUUUGUGUCUUGUGUUAAUAUCUUAUUGUUAUUUUUUGAAAUUUUAAUUUUUGAAGUUUAUUUUUAAAACUAGUUGUGUUGAAUAAUAAUUAUUUCGUUUUUAUAUAUAUCGUUUUUUUUCUUCAUUUGUGUUCCCUAUUGUUCCUUAAGUGUGACGUGUUAUUUUUUCUUUUUUAACUUUAUUUUCCCCCAUUUCAUUAUGUAAUAGUUAUUUAUUUUUUGACGCAUAACCAUUUUCUUUAAGAUCUAAACAUCUUCAUUGUAUAUUAUAUACACUUUUUGUUUAUUUCUGUGCUCAUAACAAUUACAUUAGAUCUUCUAGAUAGAUUAAUUUAGUUUAUGUAAAAAAAAAUCAUCCUGCGUGCAUAAAAUUAAUGACAAAAAAUUUUGAUCAUUUAUUUUAAUUUUAAAAGGUUGCGCGAACUUAAACAACAAAUUCAAGUUUAAAAACAAGUUAAAAUUUUUUAAUCGAAGGAGUUUUGAGAUUAAUUUUUUAAUUUAAGCAUAUAUUUUUUUGUAUUCUAACUCCCACAAGCAACAGUCUUAUCAAGAAGUGUAGGGGUAGAGAACUAAAAAAAUAUAUUAAAAUCUUAUAUGCAAAAUAAAAACUCCUAUUGAUUGGACGAAUUUUUUAUAGAUGGAAAUCGAAAAUAAUGCUUGGUUGGGCCGGAUCUUCAAUAUAUACAAUUGUUAAUUUGUUUUUGUUAUUAUUUUAACAUGAUGUGUUAAAUUUUAGUUACUAAGUUUUCUAUGUUGAACAUCCAAUAAUAGCAUUGUAUAUUCUGUGUACGCUG